UGUUGUUUAUCUAACACUGUCUCUGUCCCCAUAAGUUUCUUGCACAGUGCACAAACUGGCGGAUGUGGCAUUGGAAGCAUCCCUCCUGUAAUUUUCCUAAAUUGUAUAUUUAAACGAAAUGGCUGCCUCGGGGAAGCUUGCAUCUUUCCGCUUGCCUCCCUUGCCUACUGUUGGUGAGCUCAUAAAACUGUACCACCUGCGAGCGGAGAAACAGCUUUCCCAAAACUUUCUUUUGGACUUGAAACUCACAGACAAACUAGUGCGACAAGCAGGAAAUUUGAACAAUGCCCACGUGUGUGAAGUGGGUCCGGGUCCUGGGGGCCUGACCCGGUCCAUUCUGAACGCCGGGGCCACGGACCUGCUUGUGGUGGAGAAGGAUUCCCGCUUUAUCCCUGGAUUAAAGCUGCUAUCUGAAGCUGCACCAGGCAGGGUGAGAAUUGUCCAUGGUGACAUUCUUACCUACAGAAUGGAGAGAGGAUUCCCAAGAAGUAUUUGUCAGCCAUGGGAGGAGGAUCCACCAAAUCUUCACAUCAUAGGCAAUCUACCCUUCAAUGUUUCCACCCCCCUCAUCAUCAACUGGCUGCAAAACAUAGCCAACAGAACCGGGCCUUUUGCCUUUGGGCGUACCCAACUCACUCUCACCUUCCAGAAGGAGGUCGCAGAGAGGUUGACAGCCAGCACAAAGAGCAGACAGAGGAGCCGUCUGUCCAUCAUGGCUCAGUAUCUCUGCACCGUCCACCACCGUUUCACCAUCCCGGGAAAGGCCUUCGUCCCCAAACCAGAGGUGGACGUCGGAGUUGUUCACUUCACCCCUCUGGUUCAGCCUCGCAUUCAACAGCCCUUCAAACUGGUGGAGAAAGUCGUCAGGAAUAUUUUCCAGUUCCGCAGAAAGCACUGCUACAGAGGAAUCGGAAUGUUGUUCCCGGAGGCUCAUCGCGACACUUUCACAGAGGAGCUGAUGUGCAAAGCAGAUGUGGAGCCCACCAUGCGCCCCACCGAACUCACCAUCCCCCACUUUAAGGCGCUGGCUGACGUCUACGCUGACAUGUGCAGCCGGGAGCCGCUUCUGCUCGGCUACGACUUCCGAGAAGAGCUCCGGCUGAAACACCUCGCCAGGCAGGAAGGAACGCAGAAAGGCGUGACCAAGGGAAUGACGCCGAGCCCAGUGGGACCAAAGUGAUCGUGACAAAGUGCAGAAAGCGCGACAGAGGUCAAUUUAGUGCCGCUCUUGUAGCCUUGACAUUUCCACCUGGCACUGGCAUGCAUUUUUUACACUUUUUUUUUUUCCAUGCCUCCAAGAGCGCCAAACGGCUGUUUAUUGGAAGAACAGAUAAAGAGCAAAUUGGGCUAAAAAAAAAAAAAAAAAACACUAAAAUAUAUCAUGUAAAGAACAUGGCUGCAUCUGAUCCAGGUCGUUUGUUUUCUAUUGUGUAAUGUUGCCACUUGGGAGUGAAGAGAUUACACACAUGAAUGUGUGCACUGUUGUGGAAAGCCACUUGGGAUGUUUUUAAAGUCAACUUGGUUCAAAACACAACUUGUGUGUUUCUUCUGGAUGGGUCAAGACAUUUUGAUAAUUAUUUAUUUUAUUUAGGAACAAAAAGGUCACACCGCUCGCAACACUUCAGUGUAAUUUUUCUGGAUUCCCAAGAUACAUUAAUUUGUAACAAUCCUUUAUUUUAACUUGCAUUAAUUUUAUCAAAUGAUUUGUGCGUUAAUCUUAAUGAGCCAAUUAAAUUCCAUUGCAGUGUUCCGCUCCAUGGAAGCAAAUUUAGAAAUCGGGGGUGUUUUGCUUUACCUCUGAGGCAUCUCAGACAAGGUGGCGCAGAGGGAGAAUUGCGGGAACUGUCACCAAAAGUCCAAAAGCAAAAUGAAAAUGAUUUUCUCAGAACUGCUUCACCUGUCGAUGUACUUAAGUGGAAUAUGCACACGCUCGCUCGGAGGCAAAGACGGCACUGUUCUCCAGGCACCGUUCACAGAUAAGUUUUAUUUCAAAAACAAUUCCAUCAGGAGGAGGAAUUCACAUUCAUUGGUAUGCUAGCAUUGAAGGCAUGGUGAGAAUGUCUUUAACAGAUAUAGACCUCAGUAUAGUACCUCAACUCCAUCCAUGUUAUCUAACAAAAAAAAAAAGCAUUUAAUUUUCUGAAAAUUAAUUCCUGCCUCAUGAACUGUACAAUAUCUAGUAGAAAAAAAACAGAGUAUGUACACAAAACCCUUAAAAGCAUACAAAUAGUUGAACUCAAUUAUUGCUAUUCAGACUCAUCAAAAGGGCCUUAUUUCAACCAAUAAUUUCUCUGCACACAAAUCAACAAUGCUUUGCAGAACAGAAUGAUCAACCUGCCAUUUUUUUUCUUUUCUGGUAAAAGUAAAUUCAAUCUUAAAUGCUCGAAGCCUUGUCGACAAACACUUAAUACACAAAACCAAUCGACACUAAAGUAAUAAAUAAAAACUGCAUUAAUAACAUUAAAACCUGUACAGAAACAUGAAAUCUAAUAGGCAAACAGUGUACUUUAGUGCACAAAAAAAAAGCGAGAGAGAAAAAAAGAUAUUUUUUGACUGCAGCCGGUCUUUGGAUCUUUGCUUUCAGUGAACAUGUGACCAUGAGCUGAGCUGCUGUGUGUCCCAAGUAUAUCAAAGCUCUAUCAUUUCCUUCUUUUCAUAAUUUCCCAUCAUUCAGUCUACUUUUGAAUGUGUUCCUGUCAGCUAUUUUUAAAGGUGACAGGAAACAAGAUGUACUAAUAGAAAGUAAAACCAAUCUACCCUACAGUCUAAUUUCCUUCAAACCGCCACUUUCAUUAAAAUUAAACUCGGUCAGCCAUUAUUUUAUUAUUCAGAUAAAAAAAAAAAGUCAUACAACUAGCUUGGCCUAUUUUUGCCUGUGUGUCUGCUGACAUGUGGUGAGGUCAUGUUAUUGAUUAUCACAGAAGCGUAUCAUGGCCACAUGUUCACUGUUGUUGCCAGGAUUUUCUUAUUAGCCCUGUUGAUGCAUAGUAUUAACGUCUGUG